AUGGAAUCCUUAAAAAUAUUCGAUAAUUUUAAAUUCAGUGAUUUGAACGAAGACUGGAUUCAAUCUGUGUGGGAUGGAGAAUUUAUGAUUUAUAAUGAACCACCUGAUGAGUACCUCAUGUUUUUAGAGAGUGAAGACAUGAGAUUACUUUUACACGAAUCUUAUAUUGUUGUAAAAGCUUGGCUAGAAGAAAAUAGAGAUCAGAAUAAUACUGAAAAUUAUAAUUCUGAAAUAUCUUGGAACACAUUAAUCACUAUGGAUGUAAAGGUGCGUGCUUUAUUAGCUGUAUUGGGUUAUAUAAUAAAAGGUGGUCAUAGUAAGGAUGCUGAUGAAGAGAUAAGGCAAUCAUGUCUAUAUGCAAUUAAUUUAUAUUUUGUGCUUCUGGCUAUUCCUGGUAGCAAUGCAUUUAAUAUAUUUCAUUCAAAUUUGUAUCAACGAGCCAUAGAGACUCUUAAUAUAGUCUCUGAGCAGUUACAGCCUCCUAUUAAGAAACGCAACAGAACAAUGAAUUUAGAUGAUCUAAAUAUUACAGAUGAAUUAGUGAAUGAAAUCAUUAUUCUCUCACCCAAUGAAAAAGAAGUUCUUAUAAAAAAUUUAAAUAUUAUUAUUUGCAGCUUUAUUAUGAUGAUAAGAUCAUUCUGGUUUAAAGAUCAUAUACAAUCAUUGGACAUUACUGUUCAUGGAUUAGUUGAGGUCACAAAAAUAGAUGAUGAUUGCAUAGCUUCUCAAUAUUUUAAUAAGCAAAUAGGUACUUUGGAUGUUUCAUUGACACAAAAUGCUUAUGUAGCUUUGAAAGAAUUAUGUGAUAGUAAACAUGGACCUGUUGAAGUAACUAUAACAUUCAUAGCAAAAUAUAUAUUACCACGUUUGCUAUGUAAUCAUAUGGAAGCACAAGUAAAAGUUAUUGCAAAUAUACGUGAACACACUAUAAAUUUUUUAAAAAAUUUAUUGCAUACAUAUGAGAAGGAAGCCAAAACUGCAAUUUUAACAUUAAUACAACACAUAAUGCUAACAUGUCCAGAUAGACUUGAAGCUAGACAGAGACAAGCUAGUGUGUUAUUAAAGCUUCUUGGAAUAUGUAAACAGAAUAUUGUAAUGGAAGCUUUUAAGGAUUUAAUAUUAUUGUCACAUCAUUCAAAGAUAGCUUUUAGAUUAUUUGCUCAAGAAAUAAUUGGAAAAUUAUUACUUGAAGCCUUUUUAAUAAAUUGUUAUGUAACUGAUAGUUUGAAAGCUAAGAUACAAAGAACAUUUUUUGCAAUUGUAUUGAGUAGAUGCAUGGAUUGUUCAAGCAUGGUAAGAGGAAAAGCUAUGGCAAUAAUUGCUGAAUUUACAGAAUCAGACAGUGAAACAGAUAAAGAAAUGUUUCAAAUUAUAUUUGAAGAACUUGAGUCAAAUAAACAAUUUCUUCCAUUUCAUGAUAUAAAGAAUUCUUUAUCUACAGACAUUGACUUACUACCAGGAUCAAAUGUCCUAUUAUCUAUGUUAACAGAAAGAAUAGAAGACGAAAGAGCAAUGGUACGACGAAGUACAUUGCAAAUCUUGAGAAAUUUAAUUUUAAUGUUUCCAUUUCUAAUACAUGAAGUUACAUCUAUAAUUAGUUUUAGAUGUAGAGAUCCAGCAUUAACGGUACGUCGAUUUGCUGUACAAGUUCUAUCUCAACUUUUGCAACAAUUUCCAGACAACCCUGACCUUCUAAAUGAAUGGGUACAAAUUGUUAUACCACAAAUAUUUGACAUUGAAAUUAAAGUACAAGAAAAAGUGCUAGAAUAUUUACAAGAAUUAUUAUUAAAUAGAAUACAAAACGUUUCUGUGAGUAUUGAUAAUAUUGCAAAUAAUUUACCAUGGAAAAUUUUAAAUGUUAUAACUAAUAUGAAAAUGAGAAAACAUUUAUCAAAAGCUUGUAGUCUGUGGGUAAAAAAUGGUGUCAUAACGAAUUUUGUGAUGAAAAAUAUACAGUCUCAUAUUGGGACAAAUAAUAACAUAGAAGCUUGGGUUUUGCUAGUAGCAUUGGCUGAAAAUACCAAUUUACCAAAUAUGAACAAAUAUUUCCUAAAUUAUCAAGAAAUUUUUGCAGAAAAUAAUUUUUACACAAGUUUGGUUUUACAAGUCUUAAAAUAUUCUUGGAAGUCUUUAGAUUGUGAAGUUUUAAAAGAUCUUCAUAUUUAUCUAUACAAAUGUCUACAACAAUUUAAGAUUAAUUUUGGGUUAAUUAGCAUUUGUUUGGAUAUUGUACACAAUAUAAUGCACUACUUGAAUCCUGACAAAAAUAAUAUGUUGGAAUCAAAUAUGAUAAAUUUGAUAAAAAUUUCAGAGAUAGAAAUUGCAAAAAUUUUUAGGAGUGAAAAUGAAGCUAUAGAAGCAACACCCAAUUAUUUAAAAGCUAUGUUUACAUUAGGACAUGCAACAAUGUUUUGUACUUACAAAAUUUCGCCAUUGACAUUAAGAAUUUUGCAAGGAGUGUUAUUAGAAUGGGAAGCACUGCCAGAAAUAAUAAAGGAGAUAGAAGAAUUACAGCCCUCUGCAGUUGUUAUACUUGGGCAGCAAGCAUUGAGAGAUCGUGAAAUUGCAAAAGAAGUAGUGCCAAUAUUUGGUAGAUUAAUGAGGCAAGAAAUAAAUUUGCAUUCGAUUGUUCAAAUUGCAGUAAAAAUAAAUGCUGCAAAAGCUUUAGCUGAUAUUUGUGUUAGGUUUACUGCUUUGGUUGAACCAUAUUUGCCAGAUAUGUGUGUAAGUAUGAAAAAUUCAACACCACAAGUACGAGAGGCUAUUAUGGUAAUAUUCAUUCAACUUCUUUUGGAAGAUUACAUAAAAGUUAAAGGUCCUUUCUUCUUUCAUAUAUUAACAAUGUUAUCAGAUUCGGAUAGUAUGAUACGUGAAUUAACUAUUUUUCUUAUAGAAGAACGACUUUUAACAAAGAAUAAAUCUUUAAUAUCACAGCAAUUUCUACAGAGCAUAUAUCAUUAUAAUAAUUACCAAUCUCAACAUAAAGUUUAUCAUCACAAGAUGCGUGAAAAAGAAAAGAAAGUUUUAACGCUUCCUAGGAAAGCAAAUGAAGAGAAGCGAAGAGCAAUUUAUGAUUUUAUGUUGGAUCAUUUAGAUCCUCCAGGAAAAAUAAAAUUACUUGUAAAAAUAACUAGUCAGAUACUCGGUGGAGCUUGCGUCGCUUCGAUCGAUGUUAAAAAAGAAGAAGGAUCAUGCGUUUUAAAGGAUGCAUUGUAUAUAAUUAGUAACGACCGUUUACGUCCGUCAUCUUUUAACAGACAUAAUGAUGAUGAUCAACAAGAGGGCGAAGAAUAUACAGCUCAAAUAAUUAGCCCAAAUUCUAAUGCAUUGAGCAUUAUUGUAGAAGGAGUACGAAAACAUGGUUUGGAAGUUCUGUUACCAAUGUUAAUAAAACUUAGAGUAAAGUUAUCUACUCUGAAGUCACCAUUAGAAAAUUAUGUAAAAAGGGUUCUAAUUAAAACAUAUUCUGAAUAUAACAAGGAUCAACUAUUAAACAUAUUAAGUGAAUAUCCUAAAUUGGAGAAAGAAAUAGAGCAGUUUAAAAAACAAGUAGAAGAUAUUACAUUUAGUGAUGAGAAUUCUGCUGAAGAAGAAAAUUCACCAUCAGGAAUGAACAAUCACAGUGCAUCUAACAAAAAUUUAAAUCUAUCUACACGUAAAUUACACCCUAAAGUCGUAUUACGACGUCUUUCAGUUUCUCAAUUAUCAAAUUGUAGAAAUACACCGGUAAAUUCUCUUUCAUCAACUAGUAUUUUAGAUGGUUGGAAUACUCCAACAUGUUCAACUCCAAUGUUAUAUUCACCUUCUCAACCUGGGCCUAGUACAAGUUCACCUAUGUCAUUCAAAGGUUUCGAUUCUAAUGGUACUGUUGGUCAUGCUUCAAAAGUUAGAAGACUUUCUAGUUUUUUUCAAAAUGAAAAUGAAUUAAUUAGUUCUCAUUAUGAAAUGAGAGAAAGAAAUAUUUCCCAAAUUCGAGAUGAUAGUGAGUCUGAUUAG